AUGACCUGGCUCACUCAGGAAUCACCCCUCAUUGACUGGUCCCUAGGUACCAUUACUUUUCCUGACCAAAUACAAAUUGCAUCAGAAGAAGAGGCCAACCCAGACCCCCUGGCCAAUCUUCCUACUCAAUACCAUGAAUUUGCAAAAGUAUUUGGCAAAGAAGAAUUCAAGGUCCUCCCUCCACAUAGGGAGUAUGAUAUCUCCAUAGACCUUAUUCCGGAUGCCAAACUUAUGCCAGGGCCAAUUUACGGCAUGACCAAUGCAGAAUCCAAGGCACUAAAGCAACAUAUUGAUGAAGAACUAGCAACGGGCAAGAUCCGCCCCAGUACUUCCUCAGCAGGUGCUCCAGUUAUGUUUGUUAAAAAGGCAGAUGGUUCCUUACAACUGGUUGUGGAUUACUGGAAGUUGAAUGACGUAACACAUAAGAAUGUUUACCUGUUGCCAAGACAAGACAACUUAAUGGCUAAACUUAGGCAUGUGAAGUUGUUCACAAAGCUAGAUUUACGCUGGGGUUACAACAACAUCAGAAUCAAGGAAGGAGAUGAAUGGAAGACGGCAUUCAGGACCAAAUAUGGGCUAUUUGAAUACCUGGUAAUGCCAUUUGGCCUCACCAAUGCCCUGGCUGCCUUCCAACAUUUCAUGAAUGACUUGUUUAGGGACCUCAUUGAUGUUACCAUGGUCAUCUACUUGGACAACAUACUGAUCUUCUUGGAAGACCCCAAGGAUCACCCUACUCAUGUCAGGGAAGUUCUAUCACGGUUGAUGAAGAACCAGCUGUUUUGCAAGCUCUCCAAAUGUCACUUCCACGUCACUACAAAGAUUGAGGCAGUCACUUUGUGGCCCCAACCCAAGACAGUCAAACAGGUCCAGGCCUUCUUAGGCUUUGUCAACUACCUUUGGCGGUUCAUCCCAAACUUCAGCUCCAUGGCACGUCCCCUCCACAAUCUUACCAAAAAGGAAACCCCCUGGUCAUGGGGUGAAUUGGAAGAAAUGGCGUUCCAUGAAUUGAAAACUCUGGUUACCAGAUCCCUGGUCCUGAUCCAUUCCAACCCUACGCUUCCUUAUUACCUUGAAACAGACGCAUCAGGGGUAGCAAUGGGAGCUAUACUCAGCCAACAAGGGCCAGACAACUGGUUACACCCAAUUGCCUACAUGUCAAAAUCAUUCUCAGGAGCGGAAGCAAACUACAACACCCACAACAAGGAGCUUCUGGCUAUCAUCAAGGCAUUGGAAGAAUGGAGAAUCUUCUUGGAGGCAAUGGAUAAACCCAUACAAGUUUUCACAGACCAUUGGAAUCUGGAAUACUGGAUGCAGGCACAAACAUUCAACCGCAGGCACACCCAAUGGCGCAUAUUCUUGAGCAACUUCAACUUUGAGAUCCACUAUUGCCCAGGAAAGCAGUCAGGGAAACCAGAUGCGUUGUCCAGGAGAUCAGAUUACCUUGACAGCCCCCAGGAACCAGAAAUAAUGUUACCUGCUGAAGUAUUUGCCAACACAUUGGAAGAGGAACUGGAGAUUGUCACAGAAAUCCAGAGCAAGCUAAAAGAGGACCCCUCCCUUGAACCUAUUAUCCAGUUCCUGACAGAAGACGCGGACAAUGCACCUCCCUCUAUCCAAAAAGCCUAUCAAGACUAUGACUGGGAGGAAGAUCUCCUGUGGGAAUUCCACAACUCCCCAUUGGCAGGGCAUCCAGGUCAACAAAGGACGCUUGAACUUGUCAGCAGGAAUUAUUGGUGGCCUGGAAUAAAAUCCUCUGCUAAAGAAUGGGUUGAAUGCUGCCCAAUAUGCCAAGCCAACCAACAAGCCAAUGCACCGGUCAUUGCCCUUAAACCCCUAGAAGUCCCACCAUUCCCUUUCCACACAAUCUUGUAUGACUUCAUCACAGGGUUCCCCAAGUCCCAGGGACACAAUGCUAUCUUAGUGGUGAUUGAUUUGUUUUCCAAGUUUGGCCACUUCAUCCCCACUUCCAAGAAAAUCUCCGCAAAAGGCCUUGCUGAUCUGUUCAUCACCCACAUCUGGAAACUCCAUGGGUUACCUGUCAAAAUGUUCCUGAGGGCACUGUACCAAUGGCUUGGAGUCAAACCAGCGUUCUCCUUGGCCUAUCACCCAGAAUCAGACGGACAAACGGAAAGAGUCAACCAGUUCAUCAAAUUCUACCUGCGCUCCUACAUUGCAGCCAGCCACUUUGAUUGGGCUGCCUGGUUACCAUUGGCAGAGUACGCAUACAAUAAUGCCAAGCAUGCAGCAACUGGAAGAACACCCUUUGAACUUGUUUAUGGACAGAAUCCAGUAAUGAACCCAUCAAAUGUUCCAGCCAAUGUCCCAGAAGCAGAUGCAGUAGCAGACACAUUAGCUUGGGAAUGGAAGGAAGCUGAAUCAGCCCUUAGGAUGAGCAAGGAAAGAAUGACCAGGAAUCAGGGAAUAGUACCAGAAUACUUGGUAGGCAAGAAGGUUUGGCUAGAUGGGAAGAACGUAGAACUCAGGACCAACUCCAACAAACUGGAUCCUAAACAACUAGGCCCCUUCAAAAUCACAGAAAGAAUAUCCAGCCACACCUACCGUCUCAAACUGCCAGAAUCCUUGAAGAUCCAUGAUGUAUUCUAUGUAGGACUGCUAUCCAAAACCUACAAAUCCUCAAGUCAACCGUUCCCAGAACAACCCCCUCCCAAAACAAUAGAAGGGGAAGAGGAAUACAAGGUCAAACAAAUCAUUGAUUCUAAGCAACAACGGGGAAAGUGGUUUUAUCUGAUAAAAUGGAAGGGGUAUGGCCCAGAAGACAAUUCCUGGGAGCCAGAAGAACUGUUGGAACACAGCCAGGAAGAGGUCAAGCGCUUCAACCAAGCCAGACUCAGAAAGGCUUGUGACGCUGCCAAGAGCCUUUAA